GGUUGUAGUCCUUUAUCAGAUGUUGACUUACAUGUAUAUCUACCAUCUUGUGAUCCCUUAACAAUGACUGGUGACAUCAUUGAUCAAUUGGGAACAAGACACGAAGCUGAUGGAGCUGAUUCCCUUUACGUGGACGUAUCUGGUCAGCCUUCCAAACAAACAAACCACUAUAAAGACCAAGAUCCUGAGGCUCCAAAGACCGAUGUCAUCAGAUUUAUUUCUACCCCAUCACCUUGCCCUGUAAGGAAUCAAGCAGCACCUGCUCAAACUCAAGGUCAACACCGAAGUGAGGCUGGUGACCCCCAGACUCCUUGUCAUCUCCAAAGUGAGGCUGAUGACCAUAGAAUUGAUGGUCAUCACCAUAGAAACACUUCUGCUGAUCAGCUUAGAACGGAUGUAAUUGGUUCUGACGAAUGUUUAACAUUUAGUGAUUUCCAAGAGAAGAGAGAAGCUUUUGAAUUCUUCUCCAGCUUGGAUAUAAUUUUAGUGCAAGACACUUGUGAUUUUAAGAACUGGUUUGGUGUCUCCAAGUGGAUCUUGACUCCAUACAAUAUGGAACAUUUGGUUGAAUAUCUGAACGGAUUAAAGGUGACAAUACAAGAUCCACCUGGAAAUUCCUACUUUAACCAUGUAAUAAGGAAUGAGUUUGUGAAUAAGGGUGUCAAAUUGGGACAAGUGCUACAUUUCUAUGCUGAGAAAUACUCAAAUUACAAGAUCAAAAAGCUCUUCCAGAAGUACCAUCCAGAAUGUGGAUACUGUCAGAAGUUUUAUGAUGUAAAGGAGAAAUAGAUGUAUAUUUCUCUUACCCUGGACAGGGAUAUCCGCAGUUUUACCGGGAUGAGAUUUGUUGGGAAAAGACAAGCUACACAUGCUCUUCUCACGUUCUCCACAAUUGUAUUUUGUCACGUCAACAAUACCAUGAUGUCACGGCAACAGUACCAUGACGUCACGUCGACAAUUCAAUCACGUCACGUCAACAUUUCCUUGCA